AUGACCGAAAAACUCGACCCACAAUAUCCAUCACGUUCUGGUGGUCCCGUUGAAGACAAAGCUCUCUCUGAUUCUCCUAGUUUUGGAGGAGGUGGUGGAAGUGGUACUGGAAGGGGUGGUGGCUCCGGUGUUGGACAGGGCUCUGGAAGAGGGAGCGGUGGUAGCCAAGGCGGUGGUGGAGAAGGAGGUGGUAUUGGGGUGGGAACUGGCUCAGGUAGUGGUAGCGGCUUUGGUGGCGGCGGACGCUCUGGCGGUGGUGGAAGAAAUGGUCCAGGACGCUCUGGUCCUAUCGAUGUCAAAACCCCUUCUGACUCACCUAUUUUUGGAGGAGGUGGUGGAGGUGGAAGUGGAAGUGGUGGUGGCUCGGGAUAUGGAAUAGGCAGAGGAAGAGGGAGUGGGGGUGGCCAAGGUGGUGGUGGAGAAGGAGGUGGAGUUGGAAUAGGAACGGGCUCCGGUAGUGGUAGUGGCAUUGGUAGGGGUGGAAGCUCUGGUGGAGGCAAUGGCGGUGGUGGUAGAAAAGGUCCAGGACUAUCUGGUCCAAUUGAUGUCAAAACUCCUUCUGACUCACCUAUUUUUGGAGGAGGUGGUGGAGGUGGAAGUGGAAGUGGUGGUGGCUCGGGCUAUGGAAUUGGCAGAGGAAGAGGGAGUGGGGGUAGUCAAGGUGGUGGUGGAGAAGGUGUUGGUGUUGGGAUAGGAACUGGCUCUGGGAGUGGUAGAGGCGGUGGUGGGGGAGGAGGCUCUGGUGGUAGUGGUGCAAAAGGUCCGGAACGAUUUGGUCUCAUUGAUAACAUAACUCCUUCUGACUCUCCUAUUUUUGGAGGAGGUGGUGGAAGUGGAAGUGGAAGCGGUGGUGGCUCGGGCUUUGGAAUUGGUAGAGGAAGAGGGAGUGGGGGUAGUCAAGGUGGUGGUGGAGAAGGUGGUGGUUUUGGGAUAGGAACUGGAUCAGGAAGUGGCAGUGGCUUUGGUGGGGGUGGAAGCUCUGGCGGUGGCAGUGACAAUACGCCUAGAAAUGGUCCAGGACGUGUCGUUGGCUUUGGACAUUGA